AUGAGCAAGGCUUAUGAUCGGGUUGAAUGGCCUUUCAUAGAGGCUUUGAUGCGGAAAAUGGGAUUUGCUGAGAAGUGGAUCACAUGGAUGAUGAGGUGCAUCACCUCGAAAGCAGAGGAUUUGAAGGAAAUUACAGGGCUUAAAGUGGCUCGGCAAGUCCAGCGAUUUCCCAUUUACUUUUGCGAUGAUAGUCUUUUCUUUGCAAGGCCAAUACUGCUGAGAGUCGGGUUUGCUGAGACUGUUAAGGAGUAUGAGGGAGCUUCUGGGCAACAAAUUAAUUUUGCUAAGUCCUCGAUACAGUUCGGACAUACGGUGGAUGCAGGGGUAAAGGAGGAAAUUCACCAGAUUCUGGGGAUUGAGAAAAUUGGGGGAGUGGGGACAUAUCUAGAGUAUUGUAUCGGCUACCUCUGGUUAACAAAGGGCUUAUCAAAAGAGUUGGUUCGGGAUCGUCUAUCUCAGUUUGGGAUGAUCCUUGGAUUCCAGCAUCUCGCCCGAGGGCGAUACACAGUCAAAUCAGGGUAUACGAUUGCCCAAGAAGCUAUGGAGGCUGACAACAUGAUACAGUUUGGUCCAGACUGGGAGCACGUUAAGGAGUCGUGGUAUACAGACAGAUCCACAAUGUAUGCGCUGUGGUAUGGCGGCGGAAACGAUUAA